CCUUUCUUCCCCUCGAACACAACUUGUUCAGACGAGCCAGUCGACGGGAGUGGAGGUUGGGGGGCCGGUGUGGAUUCCCCGGGGCUCUGGGCGAGUUGGUUGCCAGAGAGGAAAGGUCACCCCACCCGGAAAGCUAACAAAAAUAGCGUCUCUGUCAUCCCAAAAUUCCCUGGAAACUCCAGUGUCUUGGAAGGACUAGGGGGUGGGGGACCCCCAGGAUAGGAAAACGUUGAGGGUUUCCCGAACAACCUCUGAGAUCUUCAAGGGAAAUCAGCUCAGAGGAGGAUUUGGGGGUUCCAGACACGCAGGUGGCCAAGUUUGAGUAUUGUGCCCCAUGGGGCUAGACCUUAGCAGGGCCCUCCUUCAGACCACGUUCCCACAGAUAACUCACAGGGACAGCAGGUUCCCCAGAGGGGUAAGACAUGACGUCAAGGCUCAGCCUCUGAUGUCACCGGGGUUGCCAUGACAACACCACUUGCCUUGACCCAAGGCUGGAGGGGGCAGGGUCGUGGUAACCAGGGACGGGGCUGGAUGCCUUUGGGUACUGGAGGAGUGAAGGCAGAUUCCCCCCGCCCCCCCAUUACAGUCCUCUGACCUAAAUCCUUAGCGCCCCAUGAGGUGGGGGAGGAAGGCAGUGCCAGCUGUCCCUGCUGAUGCUCCUCCCCCCGAAGGACAGGUGUUCAGAGCUUUGCCCAUGUAGCCUGGCAGUGCCUGGGGGCUCAGCAACUUUCUGUUUUCAAAAGAGAUGCUAUAGAAGAGACCUCCCUGAACCCCAUCAGAUACCCAGCUGGCAGGCUGAAGUUCCCAGGGUCCCCAGAGAGAUGUGGGCCUCUGGCCUUCCAACAGGCCACUUUUGCUCUGGACAAUGUGGGUGCCCUGCCCCCAGCCAGGGAAGGUGUAGUGGAGCUGCUGCCUGCUGCACCUCCCAGUCCAGGGGCUCCCCAAGCCGUUCUACCCUAAGGUCAGGGGCCUUGGCCAAUCUGGAACUCCUGACUGCCCGCUGUUCCUUCUGGUGUUUAAGAGGAUUUCAACAAACAUAUUGUGAGGCUCCUUAAGUGAGUGGAGGGCAAAUGAGGCCCAUCAGUGCCAAGGUCUAAAUAAACUGUCUCUGCCAGGGCGCCCCCCACCCCACACACACCCCAGUACUGGCCCUAUUCCCUGCAAAGGCCCAGAGAACCCCCAGCCAGCAUCCUGUUGCUGGCCCUGGGAUUCGUCUAGGUCCCUUCCAGCAAUUAUUGCCAGUGUCGGAUGUUGGUGAAACUACUGUGAUCACAUUUCUAGGAAAAGGUUCGAAAACUGUCAUUGCUUCAGCAGCGUGGGGCAGGGUAAGAGCGGAGAAGUGUGUGUGUACACGGAUCCUUAGGAGAAGCCAGGCCUCAGACCCUGCAGCGAGCAUCUUCCCUGCUCUCCUACCAGGCUCUCUAGCUAGAUUAACAGGUCAAUAAAUAUCGGUGGAGCUGCUUUUGGGGGCUUGGCAGGGAGAUGGUAUUUCCAGCUGAAAUGGUGUCGUUAAACACACAAGCUUCCAAGGACAGAGGAGCAAUAGCAGAUUGGGGAAGAACCGGGAGAGGUAGGCAGAAGGGCUGUUUGCACUGCCUCUAGAAGCUUCCCAGUUUAGAAACAAACUCGGAGUGCGCGCCAGAGAUUCACAAACACAGGCAGUUGGAGGCCCUCCGCCGAGUAUUUACACUUCCACAGCCAAGGCGGAGGGAAAGGCUGUCAGAAUUGGGCAAUUCCUUCUGUUCUCUUCCUUCAUCUCCCUGGGCUUGGCAAUCGGUGUGCCAGACGAUGAGCAGGAGGGAGUGCCAGCUUUCUCAGCAUCUCCCUAUAUGCCAGGCGUUUUAUGAGAUCUCAGUUACUCCUUGGAUCUGUUCAUGUGCUGUGGCCCAUUUUAUAGAUAAAGAAACUGAGGCUUAAACAGAGGAAGUGAUGCGCUACAGGUGAUCAGCCAGACAGCUGCAGAGGUUUGGCCCUGAAUUGCCCUGGCUCCAGAGUCCUUGGGUCUUACCACCUCCUCCCACAGGUUUGGGGAGCACCCCUACUUAUGGGACAGAAGUCCCUGCAGGCAUCAAGGGCUGUCAGCCUUGGAGGGGUAGUCUGGCCCCACCAAGGUGCUUUGUCCACACCAAAAGGCAGAUUUGAAUCCUUGUUUCCUAUACCUACAGGUCAGCAUUGAACAGAGUAACAACUUCCGCCCCGGCCUUGUGGUCUGUCUGCUUCCCUCACCCUCAGGACUUCUUUCUCCAGCACUAGGGAAAGGAAGGCAUGGUUUGAAACUGGCUCCUUGUCAUCUGCUCUUCUGGGCUUGCUUGAAGGGAGGUGGUGAGGCUGCCCCUGGCCGCCCCAGGGACCUUCUUGGGAUGUAGACGAGCAAGGGCAACUUUAGUAGAUGAGGUUCCUGACCCAGCCCAAGGGUCGGGAAGCCCUAGAGGAGAGGUGCCAUGUGAGUUACGAAGAGGACAAACAGGAAUGUGCCGGACAGGAGUGAAGACUGUUCUGGGUGGCAGGAGUGGCUCUGGAGCAGCCAGUGAUGUGUGUGGGCCCUGGUGCCUGAUGGGGGAAGGGGCAGCCGUGGGUGGCUGUGUCCUGGAGCCUCAGGUGUAUGGGGAAGUUUUAAUUUCAGAGAAUCCAGCGAUCCCCCUUGACAAGGACAGUAACCCUGGAUGUCCCUUCCCAUAAGCGUGGAAGAGGCCUCUUGGGUUCUGGGGGCAGUCUCCUCUCUCAAGGUUGGCCCCACCCCCAUGCCCAGUAAUCCUUCUCACUUGUCUAAUUCCUGUAAGCUCAUCCAUCCCCUGUCCCUUCUGAGCCUUAGGGUUGCUCUGAACUAAACCGGAACUGGGCUGGGCUGCUGAACCCCCUUGAUGAGAAACUUGAGGCACCCUGGUGAUGGGCAGUGGCUCCUGGUUAGGUACCAGGCUCUGGCAUGGGGUGGGCCUAUCGUACUCUCAGCCUGCUACUUGCAGGCUGUGUGACCUCCGGUGAGUACCGUUGCCUCUCUGAGCAUCAGUUUACUCAAAUGUGAGAAGGAGCUGACCAUAGCACUCACUGCCCAGGGUCUGGCCAGGAUUCAGGGAGGGCCUGCCACAGCCCACAGUAUACAGUGAGUACCCAAAAUGCAUGCCGUCAUACCUACUGUUACCUCCCUUUCAGAACAGACCCUUGAGUGACUCUCUCAGACCCUUGGAGCCAAAGGUUGAAGACCCCAGUUGCAAGGAGAGGCCGGAACCCUACCAGCUGCCUCUGCCAGGGGCUCCCCUGUCCACUGAGGCACCUGCCCACCUACCCACCCACCGUCAUGGCGAGCACUCCUGGCUCCCUUCUGAGCUCCUGAGGGGGCUGGGGCUUGGCCGGGGUCCCUCCGCAACCUCCUUCCAGCCCCCUCUGCCUUCCCAUCCCUUACAAACCGGAGGAAGCCAGCGAAGCAGCUCAUAUUCAUGAACCGUAAUUCAAUCAGGCGGCGAUUCCUCUGGGCUUGGGGAGGGGGUGAGAACGAGGAGGCGCGCACAAAAGGGCCGCUUUAUUACCUCCCGCGGGCCGGGAAUUGCUGCUCUCCCCCAGCAGCGGCCGGAGCCGCCUUUAUUGUGUUAACCCAUUUGCGUGUCAAGAGCUAUUGUGCGCUUUCUCUGCCUGUGCGUGGCGGGCCGCGGGAGGAGGGCUGCGGUGCUGGCCGGUCACCUCCGCGGGCACCGCCCGCCGCCCUGAUUGGUUGCUAAGUGAUUUGCAUCCAAGGCCCCGGGCCUCCCACCACCACUUCAGGCUCCUAUCUGCGUUUGGGGCAGGAUGUGUGGCCAGGCAGCGGGCAGAGACUUCAAUUUCCAGCCGAGGGAUGGAGGUUGCACACUAUUUCGAGUCCCCGUGGACCACCUGUGUGUGAGAGGAUACCCGUAAGUGCAGAGGAACACGCCACGCAGCAAACUCAUAUGGACCCUGCCGCAGAGCGCGCCCCACCGGGGACCCCCAGCUCAGCCAUGCUGGCCUGUCUGCAGAGGACCCAGAACCCCCCCGGCCAACACCUGGCCUGCCCGAGCAAGAGCCUGGAGCUGCGCAAGUGCGAGGCGGUAGCCAGCGCCAUGCAUUCCUCCCGCUACCCGAGCCCGGCAGAGCUGGAUGCCUAUGCUGAGAAGGUGGCCAACAGCCCGCUGUCCAUCAAGAUCUUCCCCACCAACAUCCGUGUGCCCCAGCACAAGCACCUCAGCCGCACGGUCAAUGGCUAUGACACCAGCGGCCAGCGCUACAGCCCCUACCCACAGCACACCGCCGGCUACCAGGGCCUUCUGGCCAUCGUCAAGGCUGCAGUCUCCUCCUCCAGCGUGGCUGCACCUGCUGGGCCUGCCAAAAGUGUGCUCAAGAGCGCCGAGGGCAAGCGGACCAAGCUGUCACCUGCUGCCGUGCAGGUGGGCAUCGCACCCUACCCAGCACCCAGCACUCUGGGGGCCUUGGCCUACCCCAAGCCACCCGAGGCGCCUGCUCCUCCACCCAGCCUGCCCGCAGCUGCCACUGCCACCUCCGUCAUCCCCCUGCCAGGCCGAGGCCUGCCCCUGCCACCUUCUAACCUGCCCUCCAUCCACAGCCUCCUCUACCAGAUCAACCAGCAGUGCCAGGCCCCGGGUGCCGCACCCCCUGCCUGCCAGGGCGUGGCUGUUCCCCAUCCCAGCCCUGCCAAGCACGGCCCAGUGCCCAGCUUCCCCAGCAUGGCCUACUCAGCCGCAGCCGGUCUGCCCGACUGCCGGAAAGGCACCGAGCUGGGCCAGGGAGCCACCCCAGCCUUAACAUUGGCUGGGGCCACCAAGCCUGCAGGGUAUGCAGACAGCGGCCUAGAUUACCUGCUAUGGCCGCAGAAACCACCCCCACCACCACCUCAGCCGCUGCGCGCCUACAGCGGGAGCACGGUGGCCAGCAAGUCCCCUGAGGCUUGUGGGGGCCGGGCGUAUGAGCGGGCCAGCAGGUCGCCCCUCAACUGUGGUGUGGGGUUGCCCACCAGCUUCACCGUGGGCCAGUACUUUGCAGCCCCCUGGAACAGUGUGCUGGUGACCCCCACCAGCGACUGCUACAACCCAGCAGCGGCAGUGGCAGUCACAGAGCUGGGGCCAGGGGCAGCCCGGGAUCUGGCUGGGCCCCCCGCAGAUGCCCUCUCGGGCCUGCCCAGCAAGAGCAUGUGCAACACAUCAGUGCUGAGCAGCAGCCUCCAGUCGCUGGAGUAUCUCAUCAAUGACAUCCGGCCACCCUGCAUCAAGGAACAGAUGCUGGGCAAGGGCUACGAGACCGUGGCGGUGCCCCGGCUACUCGACCACCAACAUGCCCACAUCCGCCUGCCUGUCUACAGAUAAGGCCUGCCCUACGGACGCAUGGACACACAGACGGGGCGCGGAGCCGGGAGGCAGGCCGCAGAACAGGGUGGGCAGCUUGAAGGGGCACUCAGCCCCACCCUGUGCCUGCUGAUGCCCACAGGGAAGCCAGGCCGGCUGGUGCCUCGCUGUGGCCGGAUGGAGGGGGGCAGGGUGACCUCACACACCAAGGCCCCUCCCCACCGUCUGUUACCCCAGGACACAGGGAGGGCCGUGGAGCGGGGAGGCAGCCACUGACAUCUACACCUUCCUCUAAGCUGGCAGAGACAGGGAGAGAGAAACCACUCAAAAACAGGAAUGGUGUUUUCUGGGUCUCCUGGGACAGGGGCCGAGGCCAAGGUGGGGUGCAGGAGGAGAUGGGCACACCAGAGUCAGCAUGAGGACAAAGCAGCCCCAGGGGUCAGGCAGCUGUGCCUCCCCACACUGGCUCCCCAGUAUUCUGGGAAAGGGCACAGGGGGCCGAUAGGAAGUCACUGGGCCCUAAGUGUCUCCCUAACACUCUAACAGAGGCCCCAGGGACUACACCAGUCCCCUGUUCCUCCUCCCACCCUACCCACCAUUCCUUCCUAACAGAGUUGCACCCCAUCCCCAUUUUCCAAACCCUGAACUACCAUCUUCCCCCUUCCCUCCAAUACAUCUUAUAGGGCUGCUGGGUACAGUUAUGCAGGUUGUGCACUGCACAAGAGCACCCUGUCCAAGGAGACACCACGUUGACCCAAAUUUGUAUAUUUAUUACAAUUUUCCACAUCUUGAGGAAGGGGCUCAUUUUCCUGUUCGCACAAAGGCACGACGGGGGCUAACAAUGGGCCUGUGAUCUUAGAUCUCAUUCAGAGAGAACCUCCCUUGCCUUCUUUGAGGGAUCUCUUGAGAUCCUCCUGGUUUUAACUGGGAGGCCCAAUCCAACUCCUUCCUGCAAACCACCCUCCAAGGCCUGUCCCACACGAUCAAGGGGGGAAACAUAGGCAGGAAUCCCUUCAUGAAGUCCCCAAGUCCUGGCCCCUCUGGCGCUCUGGAAGCGGUACUGUAACUCUCCAAGGCCUGUUCAAGCACUAAGUGCAUUUACAAAUCUCUGAGAAUGUUUUUUUUUUUAUACUAAAAUUGACCAUUAUAUUCUACUGUGAGAAGUGCAGUCUGCACUAUAUUGUUUUAAAAAUGAAGAGAAAGAAAAAAAAAGGAAAACACAGAUGGUGCCUCA